UUCAGCAGGGGAGUCGACUUCCUGCCAUCGGAUGACAGAGCAAGAGCUGCUUCCUCUUCUUGCGAUCCGAACAUCGCCAACUCCGCGCAGGACUGCGAGCGCAACCGCGUACGCAAUGCUUCCUGUUAACCCCCUCCCGACUCGACGUUAAGCUCACCCAUUGCUACGUGUGUUCGUAGAGAUUAGGCGAACCCAAUCCGAGAGACAUAAGGAGGGAAGUAUCGAACACCCGUCGAGCAAUCCGGUCCUUGGAAAAGUUCGUCGCAUCGUUGGAGACGGAACUGGCAGCAGCGAGGACGAACAGCCUCGGACGAGGCCCGAAGAAGGCGUUCGUCGUCGUCGGAAUCAACACCGCUUUCAGCAGCAAGAAGCGGCGGGAAUCGGUUCGAGCGACAUGGAUGCCGAGAGGAUCGAAGCUGAGGAGAUUGGAAGAGGAGAAGGGCGUGGUCGUGCGGUUCGUGAUCGGCCGCAGUGCCACGCCCGGAGGAGCUCUUGAUCGGGCGAUCGACGAAGAAGACGCAAAGACGAAGGACUUCCUGAGGCUGGAGCACUUGGAAGGAUACCAUGAGCUCUCCACGAAGACCAAGGUGUUCAUCGCGACGGCGGUAGCCACGUGGGACGCCGAUUUCUACGCCAAGGUUGACGAUGACGUGCAUGUCAAUCUCGGAAUGCUUAUCGCAACCCUUGCUCCACAUCGAACCACACCAAGAGUAUACAUUGGAUGCAUGAAAUCCGAUCAAGUUUUGUUCCAAAAGGAUGCCAAGUAUCAUGAACCAGAGUUUUGGAAGUUUGGAGAGGAAGGGAACAAGUACUUUAGACAUGCCACUGGCCAAAUCUAUGCCAUCUCCAAAGAUCUUGCUUUAUAUAUCUCCACAAAUGCGCCAAUACUUCACAAGUAUGCAAACGAGGAUGUAUCCUUAGGUUCGUGGCUGAUUGGCUUGGAAGUUGAGCACAUCGAUGAACGAGGAAUGUGUUGUGGAACACCUCCUGAUUGUGAAUGGAAGAUACAAAGUGGGGAUAUUUGCAUUGCAUCAUUCGAUUGGACAUGUAGUGGAGUCUGCAAGCCGGUCGAUAGGAUGGUGGAAGUCCACACCAAAUGCGGUGAAGGGAAUGAGGCAAUUUGGAAUGCUCUUCCUUAGAUCACAUUCUAAUCACUGGUAAUAGUAAUUACUUGGCCUAAUAAAUCAACAAUAAUGUGGCCAUAUUUGCUUUCAUAGCAUCAUUUGAAGUGUCAUCA